AUGAUGGAGUCGGAAGAUCGUUUAUACCGUGACAAAGUGCUUCAACUGACAGAAGAAGAAGUCCAGCGCAUUCGCAUCCCAAUUAUCGAGAAGUACGAACGGGAAGGACAUCCGUACUACUCCAGUGCACGUUUGUGGGAUGACGGAGUGAUCGAUCCGGUGGACACACGCACGGUGCUGGGUCUAGGCUUGUCCGUAUCCUAUAAUGCACCACAACCUUUUCCUCCAACUCGUUUCGGGGUAUUCCGGAUGUGA